GCCACCUGGAGCAGAGCUACGAGUAAACCAGUGGAUUUAACACUUAGGGAGGAACAUGUGCUUCUAAAACAAGGAUCAGGAACCAGACUACUUAAACUUAUGUGCUGGCUUUCUACUGAUAUCCAUAAAAGAGCGAUUAUCCUUCUCUUUCCAUCCGAAGAAGUGAUCAGGACAGGACUGGGGGGGUUUUGUAGCAGCUCAGGAUGAUGGAAGUGAGCUAGCCUGCUAGACAAGCUAAGCCUGUUUUCUCCAGCACCUCAUUAUUUGUCUGGAUGAUCUUUUAUAACUGAGUGUGUGACUCUUUAAAAAAAAAAAAAGAUUUAUUUAAUCAGCAUUGACUUUUCUCUGGAUUAACGUUGCCACCGCUGGGUUGUGAACCGACUUCUAAAUAUGGAUCUGUUUGAAAACGAUCGAGCUCCACUUCCCCGGAACAUGAUAGAAAACAGCAUGUUUGAAGAGGAACCUGAUGUGGUAGAUCUGGCGAAGGAAUCGACCUCUUACCCCAUUGACUCAGAUGAAGUCCCAUAUGAGCCGCGCAGCUCCAGGCUGCUAGUACGCGGUCUUGGCGAGAACGAGUUAGAUGAUGAUGAGGAGGACUACGAGUCUUCAGCUAGACUCCUGGGGAUGUCCUUCAUGAACCGUAGUUCCAGCCAGCGCAGUGCCGCCUCCUCCUACGGCCGCCAGCAACCAUCCGGUUCAUGUCCGAAGCCAUCUGCAAAGACCAUGGUGAUAGGAGUCUUGUUCCUGGUUUUCAUUGCUUCAAUGGUCAUGGUCAUUUACUUUUUGCCCAAGUGCACUUUUUCCAAAGAGGGCUGCCACAAAACCAGCUCCCCCUGGGAAGUUAUCUAUCCAAUCUCCAAAAAUGGGGUACUGUUCCCAUGGACGAGCUUAAGGCUUCCAAACAGUGUGCGUCCAGUCGACUACGAGAUCUCGGUCCAUCCUGACCUGAACACCAUGACUUUCACUGGGAGUGUAGCCAUCACCCUGAUGGUCCAGCAAGAGACCAAGAAGGUUAUUUUGCACAGCUCUGAUUUAGAGAUACAGAAGGCCACUUUUCAAGGCAAAGAGGUAGAGAUCUUGGAGUACAAGCCCUGGCAGCAGAUUGCAGUCACAUUGUCAGAGGAACUUGAAAAGGGACAACAGUAUGUACUCACUAUCAACUAUUCAGCAAACCUCUCCAGCAACUACGAUGGCUUCUAUAACAGCUCUUACACUGACACGAGUGGAAAAAGAAGAGUUUUGGCUGCUACUCAGUUUGAGCCCCUGGCUGCCCGCAAGGCUUUUCCUUGUUUUGAUGAACCAGCCUUUAAGGCCAGAUUUCUAAUUAAGAUCAAGAGAGAAGCGGAAUACAUCAGCCUUUCUAACAUGCCUUUGGCCAAAACCACUUCAUUGUCAAAUGGGGUUUUUGAGGAUGAGUUUGAGAGAACCAUCAAUAUGAGCACUUAUCUUGUUGCAUUCAUCGUGGCCAACUUCAGUAGUGUCAGUGCAAAUGUCUCUAACACUCAGGUCUCCGUAUACGCAGUCCCAGAUAAAGAAGACCAAGUUCUUUAUGCUUUAAACGCAGCUAGCAAGCUUCUGGAGUUCUACAAUGGUUUCUUUGAAAUCAAAUAUCCGUUGAGCAAAUUAGACUUGGUGGGCAUUCCAGACUUUCUGGCUGGAGCAAUGGAGAACUGGGGGCUCAUCACAUUUCGCGAGACGACCCUGCUCGUGGGUAAUCAUUCCUCCUCAAUGGAUAAGCAGUUAGUGUCCUCCGUCAUUGCCCAUGAACUUGCACAUCAGUGGUUUGGAAACAUGGUCACUAUGCACUGGUGGAAUGAUCUCUGGCUGAAUGAAGGAUUUGCGACGUACAUGCAGUACUUGUCUGUCGAGAAAGUCUUCCCUGAGCUCGACAUUGAGAACGACUUCCUGGAUGUGCGUUUUAGAGCCCUCUCCAAAGACGCAAUGAAUUCGUCCCAUCCUGUUUCUGCUGAUGUCACUGCUCCAGCGGAAGUAGAAGAAAUGUUCGACUCCGUGUCCUAUGAGAAGGGUGCCUCUCUUUUACUCAUGCUGAAUGCAACAAUUGGCGAGGAGAUGUUCAAGAAAGGAGUGAUUGAGUAUCUGAAAAAGUAUAAUGGCAGCAAUACGAAGAAGGAAGAUCUGUGGAACAGCUUUUCACAGUUCUCAAAAUCGAUCGAUGUGGCGCAGAUGAUGAACACCUGGACUGUACAAAAAGGUUUUCCGCUGGUCACAGUGAACAUAACAGGCAAACAAGUGCAAAUAACACAAGAGCGUUUCCUCUUCAAUGCAGGCAACAUCACAGACCACAGCGAAUUGUGGCAAAUACCGCUGACUUACAUCAACGACACCUGCAGCCUCUCUGUCUCCUGCAAACAAGUGUUUUUUUUUAAGGACAAAACAGCCACCUUCGACCUUCCAAGCAGCGUGAAGUGGCUGAAGUUUAACUACAGGAGUGAAGGUUUCUACAUAGUGGACUAUGGCGAAGAAGGCUGGAAAUCACUGAUCGAGGGUUUGAAGGAAAACGUGUCUGUUCUUUCACCAGAGGACCGAGCGUCUCUCAUUAAUAAUGUCUUUGCGAUAUCAAGGUUAGGAAAAGUGUCCUUCAAACAAGUGUUAAAUCUUUUGGAGUAUUUAAAGAAUGAAACGGAAACCGAGCCUCUGACUGAAGCCCUGACACAGUUAAACUACAUCUACAGACUACUCGAGAAAAGAUCCGAGUUUAAUCUAGUGUCCAGGUUGGAGAACUACAUUUUUGAUCAUUUUGGCAAACUAAUGGACAACCAGUCAUGGGAAGAAGAGCCAUCUGUGUCUAGACAGAGUCUAAGGUCGAUCCUGAUGCAGACAGCCUGCUCCCUCAACAGACAGUCCUGCAUCGAGAAUGCCAAAAAACUUUUUGAUCAAUGGAAAUCCAUGAACAAGACGGUUCCUGGAGACCUCCUGAAAGCAGUUCUGUCUGUGGCAGCCCAAACCGAGGAAGGUUGGAACGUAAUUUUGAACUCUUAUGUGCAUUCCAUCUAUGACGCUGAGAAACGCAAAGCACUAGAGGCCUUAUCCAGCACUCGGGAUGUGCGGAAAAUCGCAUGGGUCCUAAAAGCAGGUCUUGAUGGAAGUCUGAUUCAGACCCCUGAACUUCCUCUUGUGAUUAAUAGAGUCAGCAGACAUUUUGCAGGUUAUCUGUAUGCUUGGGACUUUGUGAAGGAAAACUGGGAUCAGCUCACACAAAAAUUUCCAAUUGGCAGUUUCUCUUUGCAAAGCAUCAUCAUGUCUGUGACCAGCCAGUUCUCUACAAAGAGUCAUCUUGAGGAGGUUCAGAGUUUUUUCAGCUCUUUAAAGGAGAGAGGAUCUCAGAUGAGGAUCGUUCAGGAGGCCAUAGAGAACAUACAGCUGAACAUGUUCUGGAUUGAGAACAAUCUGGACAUACUCAGGAAGUGGCUGUAGGCUCAGAGGGGCCAACGUCCUUACACACCAACACACAACGCACAUGCCCCUCAGGUGACUAGGCCAAACACUUGUGAGUGAUGUAAAAGCGAUCACGGCCAGUGUCACAUGUGUGCAGAGAUGUGUCAGGGAUAAAACUUUUUCUUACUUCGUAUCUAUAUAUUUUUUAUUUUUAUUUUUAAA